AUGGACAACAACAAUCAUGAUCACAAGGAAAUCGAAGAGGAAUGGAAAAGAAUACAGAAUGAACUGAAGCAGAGACAUUGUGAAACAGACAGAGUCGACUUUAUUAUACCAGGUACAUCUGAGUUGCCUCAAACACAACCAGAUUCAGACGCCAACUCAACUAUAACAACAUCUACAGCCACAACAACGACUUCAACAUCCACAACACAAUCGACAACAGAGACAACCACCACCACACAACAACAACGUCCAUUGAGAUAUGUGGCAGGUGUAGAUAUUAGCUUUGUAAAGGACAAUGUAGAGGAUGCUUGUGCAUCCAUUGUGAUAUUGGAAUUGCCAGGAUUGAAGGUGAUUCACGAGGAGAUGAUGUUUGUUAAACUGGACCUGCCGUAUAUUCCCGGUUUCCUGGCGUUUAGGGAGUGUCCAUCACUGAUCCAUUUGAUCGAGAAGGUGCGCACUGAGCGCCCGGAAAUCUUCCCUCAAGUGAUUCUGGUCGAUGGCAAUGGUUUGUUGCAUCCCCGCGCCUUUGGUCUGGCCUGCCAGCUGGGCGUGCUGACCGACCUGCCCACGAUCGGCAUUGGCAAGACGUUCUUCUGUGUCGAUGGCAUGCUCACCAAGCAGGUCAAGGCCGACGUGGCCGCCACCUGCAAGCAAGGCGGCGAUCAUCUUUUGUUGCGUGGCGACAGUGGCAAGGUAUGGGGAGCAGCCGUCAUCAGUCACAGCAACAGUACAAACGCAAUCUUUGUCUCGAUUGGACAUCGUCUCUCGCUGGACAGCUGUCUGAAGGUGGUGGCAGCGUGCACCACUACCAAUCGCAUCCCCGAGCCAGUGCGCCAGGCUGACCUUCGUUCUCGAGACUUUAUCCGAAUAAACUACAAACCGACCGCAGUCGCUGGCGAGGCAUCCGCCUCAACGACUAUUGCGGACGCAGCAGUUGACGACUAG